AGCCGUCCACAGAGCUGACUGCUCCCCAACAAGUGGUGUCACAUGAAGGGUCAAAGGUCAAAUCACAGAAAGUUCCCCUGCUGAUUCUCUGUGUUCUCUUGGCAGCUGUGGUCAUCGCUCUUUGUUACGUCUCUGAGGACAACAUUCAAACCAGGAGAAGUUUCAAUGAACUGAAAGAUGAGAAUGAAGCUUUGAAGAAAAAUUUAACAGAGACACUCUCUAAAAUGAUGGUGACUCCUUCUUGUCCACAAACUCCUGAACCAGAACCAAGUGAUGCAAGUCUGAAAUGUGAUGCAGGCUGGCAGCAAGGUUUAGGAAAGUGUUAUUAUUUCUCGACCACAACUUCAUCCUGGGAAGUGAGCAGACGUUUGUGCCAAACUCUAGGAGGAGACCUGGUGAAGAUAGACAGCAGCGAGGAGCAGGAAUUCUUGAAUAAAACACUGGGAGAUAUAAUGAGAUGCCACGAGGACAAGUUCUGGAUCGGACUGAGAGACCUGGUGAAGAUAGACAGCAGCGAGGAGCAGGAAUUCUUGAAUAAAACACUGGGAGAGAUAAUGAGAUGCCAUGAGGACAAGUUCUGGAUCGGACUGACAGACUCAGAGGAAGAGAACAAAUGGAUUUGGGUGGACGGUUCACCGCUGAACCCAAGUUUGUCUUUCUGGUUCGAAGGUGAGCCGGACAAUUGGAAUGGGACCAAUCCUGAAGGAGAGGACUGUGUGAGGAUGGGAGAGAAAGGAGGAGCCAAAGACCUGAACAGCUGGUUUGAUCGAUCCUGCAACGAUCUUUACAGAAGUAUUUGUGAGAAACCAGCACAAACUGGACGUCAUCAUGUGUGUGUCUGAAAUCCAGUUGAGCUCAGUCUUCUCAGACUAAUCACAGUUUUUAU